AUGUUAUCAGAUCUAAAUAAAAAGUAUUUGGACACCCUUGAAAAGCGUCCUUUGGCCACCAAAGCGGUCACGGCGGCUGUUUUGAACGGCCUCAAUGAACAGUUGGCAUCGCUUUUCGCAGGAGAUUCCAAGGAAUACACUGUCAAACUCGGCUCCAAAUCAAUCACUAUCUCCCAUUCCAUCACCAAACGCGUUCCUUUGAUGUUUUUGUACGGCUUGUUAAUCAACGGGCCUUUUUCCCAUUACUCUUACAAGCUACUGCAGAAAGUUUACCGUCCACCGCUGAGCAAGAAACUCAAACUCGCCCAGAUCCUCACUUCCAUGGCUACCAUCACGCCUAUCAUCUCUGCCCUGAUGGUCAGCUACAUCUCCCUGAUCGCCAACCUCAAACUGGCCAAGGUCAAAGACCUCGAGUCUGCGAAAUCCCAGCUCUCUGAGGCUCUGCAAAAAGUCAAGUUGGCGCUCCAGAAGUCGCUGUUCUCGGUGAUCCGGUCGUCCUGGAUCUCCAGUCCGAUCUUCAUCCUGGUCGCCCAGAGAUUCCUCAAGCCUAACCAGUGGGCCGUGUUUUUCAACUUCUGCUACUUCGUCCUGGGAACCUACAACAACACCCUCAUCAAGCGCAAACAGAAAGAACAACGCGAUCUUAAAUAG